AACCGAAGAGAAACAUCGCAAACACGCAUCUGAAGCUCUACACUUUUCCACGCAGCAAGUAGUCUCAUGCGAGAGGCGUCAUCAACUUCAAACGCCAACGUUCCAUUGAAUGUUGCACCAACUCAGCGGUAGGCCAUCACCAUCAUCAUUUUCCCAACAUCUCGCUUCCUCACAUCAAACGCAGUAGCGGUGAGACGCUUUCAUACCAGUUGUCCGUCUCCCGGUACAGUACCUAAUGGAAACGAUCAGUAAUGUACCGAAGCGGUAGAAUCCAAUUUGCAGCAGAGUUGCUUCGGCUGGUCGCGAGUAUGCAAAUCCCGUCAUGGGUAAUUGAAGCUGCACGGGAGUAUGGAUUAGUGGGCUUGCAAUACGGUAAACUGGGUUCGUUUUGAUCAUGAGGAUCGUUAGGGUGGCAAUGGGAUGAACCAGGGGGACGGGGGGCACGGGGGAGACGGAGGACUCUUUCUGUGUCUGACAUGUUUGGGGUAGAGUCCUCUGGGAGGUGAAGGUCUAUGAUAUUCGUUUGUUUUCGAUCACGAGAAGUCGGGAGUUCAGUCAAAGAACGUGAUGUUGUGCUGGAGAGAGAACAGGGGAUGAUGGAAAAAUAGGGUUUUUAAUAUUGUAAAGGAAUUUUGUUGGUGUGGUGGAUGGAGAAUGUGGCGGAAGAAGGGGGAACGUCGAGACUGAUGAUGCCAAUGUAGCACAUAUUGGUGUGGGUCCUGCAGUCGGGGUUUGGUUUUCGCUGUGGCCAGUAUACAAUUCAUCGUUUUCAUUUGGUGCAUACUUGAGUAGGUCCUCAAUAUGGUGACUAUUGGUGCUUUUAGCACAGAGGAUUGUAAAUCUUGCAGGUAUACUCUUUUUACACAAUGCAGCAGUGGGUUGGCAGAGAAAUCUUAUUCUUUAGAUGACAGGAUUCACUGUCAACUCGGAGAUAUUCUACGCCAGUCUGGUUCACAGUUUCCCAACCUCUAGUAAUUAUGAUGAAUCCCAAAGCACCCUUGAAGGCUGGUCCCAGCCUAGGGAGCACGCAGAACCAAUCCACUUCUGAAUCGUCACGACUAGUGAAACUCCCGGCUGAGGUAGCUAAUGGUCGCAGCAGACAAUCGCGUGCAGUAACGUUCAGUGAUUUUAGUUCGGAAACUGAGUACACAAGCUCUUCUUCUGGUGAGGCAGCUUCACAUGAAAAUGGAAAUGGUAAUGAGUACAAGUCGAACGGCACUGCUCAUCGUCGAGAUCGAUUACCGCAAGCUCCCCAUGAAGGCUUGCCUCAUUCAACAGGACUCCAUGAAAUUAAGUCGGAAAACGUGGUCUACUCGCCUCCAGAUGGUGGAGUCCAGAAUGGACAAACUUCAGCCCCGCCGUCAUCCAGCACUCAGCGGGUGGUGGUUAACUCCACCGUCACAAAAGAGAGGAAAGAGACUGAUUCAAAUGGAAGAGAGAUUCUAGUUGUAGAUCUCAGCGACUCUGAAGACGACAUACGUACUCCGCUGAAAGAGUUGCGUCCGUUAUGCAAGAAAUGUCAAGCGCUGAAAAACAAGCAGCACAUAAUGAAAGUGACGAAGGUCACUGAGAAAGAAGACCUUGAUACUUCGAAGGUGACACUAGUUGUAGACCUUACAGAGACUUCACCGCCUGUUAAGGAUUCUCACAUUGGGGUUGGAGAAGGAAAGGAAUCAGAGAGAAGAAAAGUGCCCUUUGACGUCCUGAACUCGGCCUCUUCGAAAGCCAAUGGAGAAGAAGUUGUGGCGAAAGCGGAAUGCAGCAGAGGCCGUAUUGAGACAGUAAUAGAGUUUCCGCCGAAGUACCGUCCUCCCGCUGAGUCGAUUCCAGAGGUCUUACGCGUUUCAACAACAGAAGUAGAAGAGCACGCGUUGUCGACGGCAGAAGAUAGUGAAGAUGAGGCUAGUACGCUCUCAGCUGACUACAGGAAGGCUCACUCUGAGGGGAACCAUGUAGAGAAGAUAUCACCUGACUGGUCUCCCGGUAUUCUAUGUGAUCUGUGCGAGAGAGGCCCAUCUCUUUCUUUGGGCGCAUGGUACUCUUGGUGCUGCGGGAAUCCCUCACUAGGUUGCCCUUGCACCUCCGAGGGAAGGCAGCGAAAAGUAACGAUUCUUGCCUGCAAAAGCGGGAAAUCUACCGACCGACCUUGGAGCGGCAAGGUUCACAAGCUUUGCGGUCUCUGGUCUGCAGAGGUUUACGAAGAUGAUAAGCAUCCCUGGCGUAUUAAUAACUUGUGGGAUGCCAUGCGACGGUCAAGAAAAUUUAAAUGCUCGGAUCCAGAUUGUGGCCUUUUCGGAGCAACCCUUCGAUGUCGAGUUGGAAGCUGCAAGAAGAAUUAUCACUACCCUUGUGCUGACAAGCUGUCGGUUUAUGGCAAAUUGCGGAUGUGGGAGGGCCUGGUGAAACCGGUUGCCUGCUUGGACCAUCGGCAUUUCAACGACGUUGUUGAUACAAAACCACAGAAAGAGAGCAAGAAGAGGAAGAGGCGUAAGAAAGGUCCGUCUCCUGCAUUAGUAACUGGCUCUAAUUCGAAAUUGGGGGAGAGGACUUCGGGUGGUGCCGAUGACGUCAUUGAUAUUGAAAGUAGCGAAGGAGAGUAUUAUCCUCAUGGAGCUACUGGUCAGGAUCAGAUUCUUCAACGGAACACAUCAAAUGGUUCUGAAUCAGGUGUAGCGCGCACGAAACGAGUUCACACCCCUGACAGUCAGCCAAAGCCUCUGUUUUCAAUGCCACCUUACUUGGGAAAGAACCUUCUACGUCCUGACUUUUCAGGCGGCGUUGAGCCCAUUCCCGUGCCGUGUACUAAUGAUGUGGACAGUGAUCCUCCACCAUAUCUGAAAGAGUACAUAACAAAAUCCAGAUACCAAGGAAUCCCAUUGGGAAGUAACGAGUGCUCACAUCCACUUUUGUUGAGACAAGCAAAAGCUUGUGAAGGAUGUGUCGUGCAUGACCCCGAUGAUCCCUCAGCUCCCAUGUCCAUACAUAUACCAUUUGAAAGACGCGAGGAUGACUUUCGCGAGGACUGGCUAAAGGAGCGGAUGUAUGGACGUCUACCUUAUGAUAAAUAUCGACGGCUGGUGGUCGGGACAGAUUACAAUGAGCUUGUGGAGUGUAAUGAACGGUGUGGGUGUGGUGAACACUGCAUUAAUAAGGAAAUGCAGAAGGGAUUGAGCACUCCCAUUGAACUUUACAAGACUGUCAACAAGGGAUGGGCUGUCCGCACACUGGUCGCAAUCCCCAGGGGUCGAUUUGUGAUCGAGUAUGUCGGAGAGAUGUUGACUCAAGAUCAAGCUCAAAGAUAUGGCUCUUAUUAUGAUGCACUCAAGCGAAGCUAUCUAUAUGAUUUGGACUACCCGGAAUCAAAGAAGACGCCUGACUUUACACUCGAUGGGUUUUAUGCAUCCAAUGUUGCUCGCUUUAUCAACCACAGUUGUGAUCCAAAUCUGAAAAUAUAUCGCGUAUAUGUAGAGACUACGUAUAAGUGGCUUUCACACAUUGGCAUGUAUGCCAUGCGUGACAUUGAGCCUGGAGAGGAGCUCUCGUAUGAUUACAAUUACGGAUUGCAUGAACCACACGAUGGGCACAACCUCCAUGCAGCCGGGAAACUGCAGGCACGAAAUCUGGAAAAUGACCAAGAAAAUACCUCGAAACACAUUAUUUGUCACUGUGGCGCUAAGAAUUGUCGCAAGUGGCUUUGGCGCCCUUCUCACACAGUGGACGACUCUGAAGAUGAUUGAGUAGGAGAGCAAGUGCAAAAGAAACACUCAUGGUUAUGGUUCACGCACCAUCUUCAAAGGCUAUGAGUCUUCAGAAGAGAGGUGCAAAACUGCACCAAUUUCGCAUUACUCCACAGUAUUCUUGCCUGUCGGAUUGCAAAUCCAAGCGUCACAUCUAAUUGAAAGAGCUAGAUGGUUCAUCUCCGACGGCAAUCCUCUGCCUUCGGGAUGUUCACUGUUACAUUUUUUAGGCGCAGGCAUAAAUUGGGGUGCGCAGGUUGAGUACUUCACGCGCAAGAAGCAGUUCUGGAUUAUGAUGUUAACUUGUCGUUGCUGCUGAAUGUGCGAACUGAAGCACACCGCAGAUUGCAAUCCUCAUUAAGGUUGCACUAGGUCUCUCUGAACUCACCAAGCUAAGCACACAAAAAUGUGUGCUAUUGAUUUGCAACAUUUCAAACCACCUCCCCUGUCAAGCCAGUAUUGACAUGGAUAUUGGAGGAUUGAGAUACUAGAUAUUGUAAACAGAAGAUCCACUCAGUGAAUAGCUCGGGGGUGUAAACUCUCUAGCUCUGGCUCAGGUUUUGGGAUCUAGCAUUUGUAGCUGGAGUGGCAGUGAAGAUGAUGAAGUUGAUUUCACCAGCCAGAAUUGUAUUGGACUUCAAUAUCUGCUUAUCUCAAGUCCGUGGGCCGCUUGUAUGAACUGAUUUGAUAAAUUGAAGUGAUUGUCUCUAUGAGCUUUCGCCGUGUUUUCUGUUCAAUUGA